CCGCCGCCGUCGUCGCCGUGCGGAAAUUCGCCGCGCUAAAAUCAAAAUUCACUCAAGUCCGCCGCGGUAGUUUGUCGCCGCACGCUAGCCGCUCAGGUUCGCACAUAUCCACGUCACAGCGACGCAGCGUCACAAUAUCACAAUAUCCUUCGACGAGCGCGAGAGAGAGGUCGCACCGCACCGCAUGUCCUGUCGCAACUCGAAUGUCCUGCCACCGCUGAAAUUCGCACGCCACAGCGGCAAAUAAUCGCAUCGCGAAAACAGUGUUCGAUUGUGUCCUGCCCCCGAAUUAUUAUUAUUAUUUCGAAGCAAUAACAUUAACCCACUAUCCCAUGUGAACUAUACUUAAUAUACUGUAAACCAUAAAUACCGCUGGACGAGUAUAAACAAAAAACCACAUCAAAUUGGUGUGCCAUCGAGACCCAUUAAGCCAGUUCCGAAUUUCUCCCGCCUUCGCUGGAAGAAGGCCCCCGAUCACAUUUCGCCCCGGAAGUUUACUUAAAAGGCGCCAAGCUGUUCGACAACGGCCUAAAGUUGGAUAUUUCCAGCUACCCCCACAUGAACAUCCGCAUGGGCACCAAGGGCAAACGGCCUCUGCGGAGUCUGACGCCCCGCGACAAGAUCCAUGCCAUCCAGAGGAUCCACGAUGGCGAGUCCAAGGCCUCGGUGGCCCGGGACAUCGGUGUGCCCGAGUCGACGCUGCGUGGCUGGUGCAAAAACGAGGACAAGCUGCGCUUCAUGUCCAGGCAAUCGACCACGGAUAACCUUUGCGCCGACGCCCUGGGUGAUAAGAUGGAUAUUGCCGGAGGAGGAGGAGGAGGUGGUGGCGGCGGACUUCUGGGUCCGCCAGAGAAGCGCCAGCGAUUGGAGGCCGCUCUGCCCCUGAACUUCUCCAACAAACUGAAGUUCGAUGAGCUGGCCUUCAAGAGAUCACCGCUAAAUGGCCUGGACUACAGUACAAACAAGAACCUGGCCGAUCUGGGGUACAAUGGUCUGCCCGUCGACUAUGCGGCCUUCAAUGGCGGGGUCAAGGCUAAGGUCUUUGGUGCCGACAUCAACCGAACCGCCGCCGCCGAUCCCUCCCUGAAUGCCAUCAGUCCGCUCUCCAGUUUGACUCACCUAUCGGGUCUCACGGGCAUAUCGCAAUCCCCGCUGGCGAUCAGUUUCAGCGAGCUGACCACAAACCUCAACCUGCUGGCCCAGCUGAAUCCGGGCCUGGCGGCCAUGUCGGGUCUGCAGAGCUUCCCAGCGGGCGCUGGUAACCUGAGGAACCAGAAGCCAGGUGGUCAGACGCCCCUGCAGGUGCAGAGUCCCAGGAGCGAUAGUGGUGAUCGCGGGGCGGCGCAGGGUUUGUCGGUGAAGAACUGGGCCAAACAGAAGCAGCCGGGCGAGAGCCAGGGCAGCCUCAAUCUGAGCAUCAAGAACGAGGUGAAGGCGGGUGACAUCAAGAGUCCGAGUCCCUCGUUGGCUCCCUCGCAAAUGGUUGGUGGCCCCAUGACGCUCUCCAAUCUGGCCGAAGAUCCCUUGCUCUACUGGCUGAAGUCCCAGCAGACCAUGUUGGGCCUUAAUCCCCUCUAUCCACCCACCAUUCCCAUGGGCGUGACCAGUCCCCCAAUACGAUCCUCCACUCCACAGCACAUGAGCCAGCUGGCCCAGACACCGCCAAUACCCUCGGCUCCACUGACACCCUCAUCCACGCCAUCGGGUAGCCUGGACGAGAAGAAUGCGGCGUGGUACAAUUGGUGCAAGGCCUUUGGGGCCAGUCUGCACACCCUGAAUCCCAAUGCCGCCACUUUGGCCGCCCUGCAAGCCAACCAGAUGCAACAGCAGGUGGCCACCUCAACUGCCGAGGGAGGAGGAUCGAUGAGUGAUCCCUCCAACAUCCUGUAUUCGCAUCUCACCAAGGAGACGGAGACGCCCUCGGUCCGGAGUCUGUCCUCCAACGAACAGAAUCCCGAGGCUGAUGGUGAGGCCACCGAACCGGAUCUGGAUGGUGAGGUGGAGGCAGAAGGAGAAGCCUCUGGAAAACCAGAGGAUCUCUCAGCUGCUGGCAAGGUGAUGACUCCCUCGCAAAGUCCCAUUGCACAUUCACCCACCGGCAGCAGAAGUCCCGAACCGCUGGGCAAGAACAAAAACCCAGAGACCCCCAAUUCCACAAGCGACUGCAAAAAGAUCCUCGACAAUAUGCUCUUCAAGAUGGGCGGUCUGGAAGCCACUACUCCACCGGAACAUGGAUCCGAAUCCGAGGGAAGCUUCCAGGAUACCAGCAAUCCGCAUACGAACAAUAACGAUGUCAGUGCCAGCAAUAACAAUAACAAUAAUAAUUCCAACAAAACGGACGAGGAGGAGAAGGCCAAGUAUCUAGAUUGCUCGAGGGAUGAUGAGGAUGUGGAGGCCAUCCGGCAUGGCGAGAAGUUCCUGCAGUGGCUGGAGAACUGCAGCAAUCCGCGGGUGACGGCGGUGCAACUAAUGCAGCUGAGAUUCCUGAUAGCCGCCAUCAAGUCAGGCAAUGAGACGCAGCUGAUGGAGAAGCCCUGCUCCAGGAGCUUGCAAGAGGAUAACGAAGAGAACGCCGAGGAGGAGGGCAGCAGCCGGGGCAAGAGUCGCCGCCGCAAAUAGGAAAAGCCAAAGUUGGCGCCCACGGAGCCAGCCACGGAUAUAGAGGAUAACCCAAGCAAUGCCCAGGGAUCAGGUGUUCCAGAUGCCAUCGAGGUGGCUUCGGCGAGGUGCCACCUCUAUCCACCGGCCAUCUAUCGAUCCUCGGCCACCCUACUCAGCUCACUGUUCUUCCCCCCCUACGAAUUUGUACAUUGUGACCUCGACGAUGACCCGGACGACUGCCAGAUCACGGGCGAGUACCAGUACGACGAACUGAGCUCCAGCAGUUAGACCCGACCCGACCAGACCAGACUAGACUACUUAGAGGACUGGACUCCACUGAAUUUAUCUCCUAGCUGUGAAAUACCUAUCGAGCAUACUUUCAGUCUCUCUCUUUCAAUUCCAUUCUAUUAAUUAAUUAAUUAAUUAAUCGUACGGUUAAUGUGUAUAUAUCGAGAAUCUCUAUUUGUAGCUAUUAUGCAUUUCAUUUCAACGCAAAAACAAACAAAAAAUGGAAAAACAACCGACUGUGUUUUGUGUUUUAACCCCAUUGCAUUCUAGACAAAAUGUUAUAGCCUUUAUUUUUUGUUACGAAACAACCUUUUCGAUCUGCAAGGUGUGUUGACGCGAAUAACAUGCAUUUGAUAUCAAACGUUUUUAAAUUUCGUAUAUUAAUAACUAUGAAAUGUGCUCAAAAGAAUUUUCUUAAUUCGAAAUU